AUGGUAUCUAAAAGUUCCCUUCAGGAUAUUGAAAAGCGACUUGUUUCAGUUCUUAAACACCUGCAGCAGAUAGAAAGUCAAUCUAGACUCAAAUUAUUCACAGAGUGCGACAAGAAAAUGCCUUCAUCAGCAGCUAAUUUUAUGGGACCCGAUGUAAGACUUGAUCGAAAUUCAGGUUUAAUUAGUGAUUUUUUUCUCUGGCUUACUUCAAUUUGAUAUAUUUCUCACUUUCGCUUAAAGUUUAGGACGCAAACCAGGAAAAAGGUUUAUGCAGUGCGGAGUGCAUUUGAUAUAAAAAACAUCAAGAUUCCAGUGGAUCGAAAUCACGGAGAUCCCUCAAAAAAAUCGUCAUCGCGGUCUCUAAAACAGGCACAAGAGCGGGGAAAGCAAUUUCACAAAGCACUUGUGAAACAAAUUAAUGGACAAAGAACAAGAAAGAGUGUAGAGGGCCAGCUUCUGACAAAGUUGGAAGAGGAAUUUAAUUGCAAAUUCCUCCAAGCGGAAGUUAGAAUCCGUGGUUAUGCCGUUAAAAGAUCGAAAGUUGAUUGCUAUAAAGGAAAGAUAGAUGCUGUCGCUUUGCGUCAAAGUCCAAGAGGUGACCCCGAAGUCGUUGUCGUGGAAUGGAAGACGUUUGCUAAAGAUGAUUUAAAAAAUCCGAUGAAAUGGUGGAACGGAGCGACAUAUUUUAAAAAGCCCCUUUAUCAGUGUUUAUUGUAUCGUGAGCUUUUACAAACUCACUUAGAGGUGAGCGACCUAAGAGCUCGCAUUGGCAUUAUGUUGGUUCCAUACAAUCAAGCACACCAAGGAAAAGUCGUGCCAGGCUUAUGCACAGAUUUUCAAGAUAUGGAAAAAGAGGGUCUAUUGAAAACCAUUAAAAGUUUUCAAUGGUUUCCCUGAGAAAAUGAAUGUGUCCACACUGUUAUUUUGCCCUGAAAAUUAUUUAGUCGUGAGCGUCUGGCUAGAUAUUUAGAAGAUGGAGUUUUAAAGGAGACAACUGUGGUUAAAGAUAUCGUCGAUAUAAGUGCUACUGUUAAAGACAUGUGA